ACACUGCCUUCAUCCAGCAGAGGAGUAAGAGCAAAGACAAGAGACCGGCAGAGAAACCGAGUAUCCACCAAGGGUAAGGCUGCGUAUUGCAGUCCCAGUCUUGAGCUGGUUUUUGCUGCUGUCCCUCACUCAGAUUGUCCAGGUAAUACCCUAGCAAGCAACAAGAAUGGAUGUCUUUAAGAAAGGUUUCUCCAUUGCUAAAGAAGGUGUGGUGGCUGCUGCAGAGAAGACCAAGCAGGGAGUGACGGAGGCUGCAGAGAAGACUAAAGAAGGAGUGAUGUAUGUAGGUACCAAAACCAAGGAAGGUGUAGUGCAAAGUGUGACCUCAGUUGCUGAGAAGACCAAAGAGCAGGCCAAUGCGGUGGGAGAAGCCGUAGUAGCCAGCGUGAACACAGUGGCAAACAAGACUGUAGAAGGAGCAGAGACCAUUGCGGCUAGUGCAGGAGUUGUAAAAAAG